AUGGAACAAGCAAAGAGUACACAGAAAUCCACAAAGAAGUUUUUCAAUAAAAUCUUCCACUCGAAUAAUAACAGCAAGAAGAGUUCCUCAUCCGUAUCACCUCAAAACAGUGCUUUUGACGCAUUUGAAAUUACUCCCCGAACGAUCAAAAAUCGUCGCUCAAAUGAAGAAGUGUUUCCUAGCAAUUCUCAACAACAGUCUUCUUCCUCUAUAGUUCGAUCAAAUUCUAUACAAAGAAGAUAUUCUUUCUCAAAUGUUCAUGAAACAGGUCAACGAAGAUUAUUGGCCGCCAAGCGCGCAGAAUACCAAGAGAAGAUGCAAGCAUUUGACGACUUAAUUAGCAAACGAAGAGGUAGCACAUUGCGGAUGGCUUUGGCUCCAGAUGUUACGAGUUAUUAA